CUCCUAGUAGGGCGCGCACGACCCUGCUGGAGAGCCGAGCGCCCAGCAUGGCCACGGAACCUUCCCGCGACGAGAUCAUCCUCUACCUGAUCUCCUGCUUCAGGCCGAAGAUCAGGCGAGGCCUGCAGGUGGGGCGAGUGCUGGACUUCAUGCCGUCGCUGAGCCGCGAAGUGAAGGAGCGCGUGGGCGCGGUGUGCCAGAACCAGGGCGACAUAGCAGCCGCCGACGUGCUGUUGAGUGCCUUGGAGGACGAGGCGCGCCGCCCGCCGGGCUUGUGCCUGGAGUUCUACCAGGCGCUGCAACUCGGGGGCUUCCAGGCCGCCGCCUACCUGGACCCCACCGGCGAGCAGCUCACGCCGUCCCUGGAGGCCGUCCAGGAGACGGGCGCCAGCUUGCUGGAGAUCUUCAUGGGGCGCUUGGUGGGGGAGCUGAGGGCCGUGCAGGUGGCCGAUCAGUGUGCCCGGAUGAAGCUCUUCAAAGCCGAAGACUUGGAACAGGUGAGAGUUCAGUCUGAGACACGCGGAAACGCAAAUGCUGUGAGGGAAUUACUGAACAGAAUAGUGCGGAAGAGAGAGUGGUUCUCUCCAUUUCUGCUUGCCUUGCGUGGAGCUCACCAUGAAGAUAUUGCAGAUGAGCUAAAUGGACAGGAAAUCGAAUACAAUGAAAAUGGGAUAUCUGAAGACAAAACUGAAGAGUUUCACGCUUCUGCAGCUGCGGAGGAGUUGAAGAAAGGAACUGACAUGGAGCACAGUUCGACCAGUGAGGAGAAUGCUUCAGAAGAAUUCUGGGAGGCCUCUGCUGUUUCAGGAUCCGAUGUCAGCUUGCUAGACAUGAGUGUCAGUGAUGCCAAUGAAAGCUUCGGACAGGUCAGCCUCGGCGGUGAUUCAGAUGAUGCGGAUGAUGGAGACAAGAGAUCUUCACCUGAACCAGAGCUGAGUCUCAGAGACUACCAGAUGGAAGUAGCCAAACCAGCCCUGGAAGGGAAGAAUAUUAUCAUAUGCCUCCCUACAGGCAGUGGCAAGACCCGCGUGGCUGUUUACAUUGCCAAACACCAUUUGGAUAAGAAGAAAGAAGAAAAGGAGGCCGGGAAAGUUAUAGUACUUGUCAACAAAGUGCCUUUGGUGGAGCAGCAUUACUGGAAAGAAUUUCACCCCUACCUGAAGCACCAUUAUCGAGUAACUAAGCUAAGUGGUGAACAUCAGCUGAAAAUUUCAUUCCCUGAAGUUGUGCAGAAAAACGAUGUCAUUAUUUGCACUGCUCAGAUCCUUGAGAAUGCACUGCUGAAUGCAGACAGAGAUGCUGAAGAAGGAGUCCGUUUAGCAGAGUUCUCUCUGAUUGUUAUUGAUGAAUGCCAUCACACUCACAAGGAAGGUGUCUAUAACAAUAUCAUGCGUCGUUAUUUGAAUGAAAAGAGGGAAAAUAGGAAGCAAAGCAAAGCACGGCUUCCUCAGCCACAGAUCCUGGGCCUGACAGCUUCACCUGGUGUGGGAGGUGCAAAAAACCCUUCCAAAGCUGAAGAACAUAUUCUGAAAAUAUGUGCCAAUCUUGAUGCAGAUAGGAUCAUGACUGUUAAAGAACAUUUAGAGCAACUGAGCAACCAAGUGAAGGAACCUCGCAAAAAGUUUGAGAUUGCAGAUGACAAGCGGCAGGAUCCAUUCAGAGAAAAACUUAUAAGCAUAAUGACCAAGAUCCAGGCCUAUUGCAAUUUCAAUCCAAACUGCGAAUUUGGAUCUCAGAACUAUGAACAGUGGGUUGUUCAAGAGGAAAAGAAAGCUGCUAAAGAAGAGAAUCGCCAAGAACGUGUCUGUGCAGAGCAUUUGAAGAAAUACAACGAUGCCUUGCAAAUCAACGACACCAUCCGAAUGAUUGAUGCAUACAACCAUCUCAAAAGCUUCUAUCAGGAAGAGAAGAACAAGAAGAUGGCAGUGAAUGAAGAAGAGGAUGAGCCCCUAGAAUUGAAACUAGGACAAACUGAUAAGUUCCUCUUCCAUUUAUUUUAUGGCAAUGAAGAGAAGUUGAAAGAGCUCGCUGCUAAGGAACAAUAUGAAAAUGAAAAGCUGGCAAAGCUGCGUAAAACUUUGAUGGUAGAGUUCCCAAAGACUUUUGAACCCAGAGGGAUCAUUUUCACAAAGACUCGUCAGAGUGCCUAUGCCCUUUAUCAGUGGAUUAAAGAGAACCCAAAGUUCGAAGACAUUGGAGUGAAAGCUCAUUACCUGAUUGGUGCCGGACACAACAGUGAAUUUAAGCCCAUGACGCAGAAUGAACAGAAGGAAGUCAUAGACAGAUUCCGCCGUGGAAAAGUGAACCUACUCAUUGCUACUACUGUAGCGGAAGAAGGCUUGGAUAUCAAGCAAUGUAACAUUGUUAUACGCUAUGGUCUUGUUACCAAUGAAAUAGCUAUGAUGCAGGCACGAGGAAGAGCUCGAGCUGAAGAAAGUACCUAUGUACUUGUGGCUUCAGGCGACUCUGGAGCUGUUGAGCGUGAAAAUGUGAAUAUUUAUCGUGAGAAAAUGAUGUAUAAAGCAAUUAGACGUGUCCAAGACAUGCCCCGAGAAGAAUAUUUUAAUAAGAUUGAAGGCUUUCAAAUGCAAAGUAGAAUGGAAGUAAAAAUGAAGGCAAAGAAACAGCAGCACAAAAAUUACAAGCAAAACCCAUCCUUAAUAAAAUUCCAGUGCAAAGGCUGCCCCAAAGUAAUCGGUUCGGGAGAACAUAUACAAGUUAUUGAAAAAAUGCAUCACGUCAGUGUCAGAAAGGACUUCCAGGAGCUUUGUAUUGUCCGAGAAAACAGGACUCUGCAGGCAAAGGAAAUUGAUUAUCAAACAAACGGAGAAAUUAUCUGCCGAGAUUGUGGACAAGUUUGGGGAAAUAUGAUGGUGCAUCGAGGUCUAGACCUGCCGUGCUUAAAAAUAAAAAAUUUUGUGGCUGUUUUCAAAGAUAAGAAAACUACUGAAAACAAGAUUGCCAAAAGAUGGGGAGAGCUGCCCAUUAAGUUUCCAGAUUUCGAUUACGCAGCACACUGUGAAUCCAGUGAUGAAGACUGAGAAGUUCAGAGGCAGCAGUACAGUUAAGCGAAUUCAUAUGUUGGCUACUUCUAUGAAUCAGCAACUAAAGCCUCAUGUGAUGUCAUACGUGAAUGACGAGGGCUCUUAUAUGACUUCCAUACAGUCUUUUUGAUUUGAAGCAGUUCACACAUAGCCACUGCAAGCCACCAAGACAUCACCGGCAGCAAAAAUAUUGGAUGAUGAAUAUCUGUGUGUAAAUCAGCACAGUAUUUCUGAAGUCAGGGAGUCACCAAAUGCAUUCUCAAAGCAUUGAGUGAGAUUGUUCUUUUUGGAAGGUUGCCUUCUAUCCCUUGGGUGGCGCAAGAGAAGACAAGAUUAGACCAAGGCAAAAAUCGUUUUUAAAAACUCUCUCUCAGCAGGAAGCGUUAAGCAAACUUAUUUUGCUACUCAGUAUGUAGCUUUUAACUCUUUUCAAAUCCUUCUGACGUUAUAUUCAAAGAAAACAACAUUGAUACUAUAUUCAUUUUCAAUAAGAUUUUACACAAAAAAAGGAAAAGAAAACGGGUUGGUUUUGUGGCCUGAAUAUGCUAUGUUGCACAGUUACGAAGAUUUAUGUAGUUCAUCUAGGUACAUUUCUUACUGGAUAGCUUGUAGUUCACUGUUCAUUUAUCAAUUUUAAAAAAAAGGGAAAAUAAGCUGGGUUGAAUUUUUUUAGUUCCUAAAUGCAGAGGGUGAAUUCUCAAAAUAAAACAAAAGGGAGUAGU